AUGGCCUUGAAUUUUUCCUAUCGACCAAUCUUUCCCGGACAUCUGUCUGAGGACAAUUUGGUUUCACCAAUGAGGAUUGCCAAUGGGUGCCUCGUGGAGGGUAUGCCAGAAAGGAAUGGAGAUGGUUUCGGUAGGCCAUGGCAUUCGAACAGGCAAGUGGAAGAUUUCUUUGAUAGAUGUGAUAGGGGCGGCUUACAGGACCCAGUUUCAAAUGACAUUCUUGAUCUUUUGCCUUCGGACCCUUUUGGCAUGGAUAUGAGUACCACGUUUACGGCGAUAUCAGGCUGGCUUGAGGAUUUGGAAGUGGACUAUGGUGGUUACGGAAGGCACCAUGUGGGGACAAGUAAUGGUAAUUAUGAACUUUUUGCAGGAUUGAAUUUUUUUUGGAAUAAUGCUAUGAGGUUCCACGCUUUCCCUGGGAAUAUUGGGGUUGAUCACAAGUCUAAUGUAGCAAAUGGAUUUGCUGGGUGUUCAAAAGAGAAGGGAGUUGGCGAUGCCUCCUGCCAUGGUGGUUUCGGAUCAGCUUGUGCUGUGGCUGACAUUUUGCAUUUUGGCAACGAAAGUUGUGGGUUUUCCAAUCAGAAAAAUGUAGAGUUUCAGGAUGGAAAUGGGAUUUUAACUGAUGAAGAUGGAGAUGGAGGAACUCCUCCUUGUGCUUUGAUGUUUGCCCUUGGUUAUCUGGGUGUACGGGAUCUCUUUGUUGUAGGAAAAGUUUGCAGGUCUCUCCGUUCUACUGUUCACGGUGACCCCCUUUUGUGGAGAAGUAUUCACAUAGAUCAACCAUUGAAUGAGAAGAUUACCGAUGAUAUUCUUUUUCAGUUAACCAACAGGGCUCAAGGAAGUCUGCAGUGCUUGAGCCUGGUGGAGUGCUCUAAGAUCACUGAUGAUGGUCUGAAGCGUGUGCUUGAAAGUAAUCCUAGGCUAACCAAGUUGAGUGUGCCUGGGUGUACCAAACUCAGUAUUGAGGGCAUUGUGAAUAACUUAAAGGCUUUCAAGUCUAAGGGUGCACAAGAUCUGAAGCAUUUACGAAUUGGUGGACUCUAUGGUGUGACACAGCAGCAUUUUGAAGAGCUGAAAUUUUUGUUGGGCACUGAUAGCCAAAUGAGGCAGAAUCCCCGAAAGCCGCAUUUUUAUCACAGAGGGAACUUUUAUCUGCCCAAUGAUGAUGAUAGCGACAUUGAUAUUGAAAUGUGCCCUAGAUGUCAGAACCUGAGGCUGGUUUAUGAUUGCCCUGCUGAGGUUUGUCCUGGGAAAAGACAUCCAACUCAGGUAUGCAGGGCUUGCACACUUUGCAUAGGGAGGUGUGUUCAGUGUGGUCGGUGCAUUACUGAUGAUGAGUAUGAGGAAACAUUUUGUCUGGAAAAGCUUUGCUCAGAUUGUGGGAAGAGGCAUAAGUCUCAAGAGAGGCAGGAUAGAAAGUAUGGUCCAUCCAAGUCUGUCAUUCUCCAUGAACAGAAUUAUGGCUUUGGUCAACAUGGCUAG